AUGUUCGGAAUAAAUCCCAAUGAUGAUCCAGGUCCGGAGGCCAACAUUGAGGGGCUUGAUUCUGAAAAGUCCGAAGGGCGGCAGGAGCUACCUCAUGGAGAAUCCAGCACGGAAUCUGAGCCAGAGGAAAAGAAAAGAACAAUUCGCGGCUUCCGCUGGCUCAUCAUCUGCAUCUCGCUGUACGUCACAUGCUUCCUGUACGGCCUCGAUACAACGAUCGCAGCAGAUGUCCAAGGCCCUGUGACAGAGGACUUCGGUCAGGUCGACCAGCUGGCCUGGAUUGGAGCAGGCUUCCCGUUGGGUUCUGUUUGUGUCAUUCUCUUGCUGGGCACUCUUUACAACUCCUUCAACAUUAAAUGGGUCUUCAUUGUAACUGUGAUGCUUUUUGAGGCUGGCUCUGCUCUUUGCGGUGCCGCGCCCAAUAUGAACGCCCUGAUAGUCGGUCGUGUCAUUGCCGGCGCUGGAGGCAGCGGUAUCUACCUCGGCUCACUGCAGUACUAUGUAGUGAUGACCGAGGAGAAGGAACGCGGUUUUUACAUGUCCCUCAUAGGGGCCUUUUGGGGCCUUGGAGCUGUCCUGGGACCCCUUAUUGGCGGUGCAUUUUCCGACUCGGCGGCGACCUGGCGCUGGGCAUUUUACAUCAAUUUGGUCAUAGGUGCUGUCUCGGCCCCAGCCUUCCUGUUCUACCUCCCAUCCAUCAAUCCCGUUCAAGGCGUUAGCAUCCGAGCCCGGCUGGCUCCUAUCGAUUUUGUUGGCUUGCUCCUCGGUGCCGGAGUUUGGGUCAGCUUCCUCUUAGCUUUCACAAUGGCCGGUGGCCAGUGGCCAUGGAACGACGGACGCACCAUCGCCAUGUUCGUUGUGUUUGGUGUACUGCUGGCCACAUACGUUCUGCAACAGUACUUCGCAGUCUUCACGACUCCAGCCCGGCGAGCCUUCCCGGGCCAUCUACUACGCGACAAGACGCAAGUCCUCCUGUACGUGGUGACAGCAGCCGGUACCACGACCCUGUUUGUCGUCGUGUAUUACCUCCCCAUCUACUUCCAAUUUGUCAACAACGACGAAGCCCUCAUGGCGGCCGUGCGUCUCCUGCCAUUUGUUGUGAUCGCUGUUACGGUGAACCUCGUUUCGGGGUCAUUUCUUCAUUUCAUAAAGGUCUACAUGGCACUCUACGUGAUAGCCGGUGUCUUUCUGGUAGCCGGUGGCGGCCCACUCAUGGUCUAUCUUGACCCAAAGUCAGGGACCGGGACUAUCUACGGCUUGUCGGUGCUCGUCGCCGUCGGCAGCGGCCUGUCCAUGGUGACCGGCUACACGGUCGCCACGCUGACCACGAAGCCCGAAGAUGCAGGCGCCGCACUCAGCAUGCAGAAUGUGUCGCAGAUUGGAGGGCAGGUGAUCGCGCUCGCCAUCUCGGGCCAGAUAUACCAGUCGACGGCAAUCAAGAACCUGUCUCGGGCCUUGGCUGGGAACGGCUUCACCCAGCAAGAGAUCCGAGGCGCGGUGGCAGGUGCACAGAGCGACCUGUUCAAAGAACUGGAGGGGGAGCUGCGGGAGAAAGCGCUGGUGGCUGUCACGGAGGCGAUGCAGAUGGCCUUCGUGCUAGUGCCUGUCGCUGGGUGCGUGAUGCUGAUUGCUGCGGUUUGUAUGAAGCGGGAGAAACUCUUCGGGAAGGCUAUUGCUGUUGGUGGCUAG